AUGCUGUCCACAGCGGCGGGGAGACGGGCCCUCACCGCUGGCCUGCUGCGGCCGCGGCAGCCCCUCGGCCUGGGUCUUGGCCUUGCCCGUGCGACUUGCCCGGCUCUCCUCAUUCUCGCCUUUUCCCCCUCUUCUUCGCCGUCUUCCACCUCUUUGUCCCUUUCUGCCUCUACCUCUUUGGCCGGACGCCGUACAUACGUCUCCGCACCACGCCCCGGUGACGGCCCGCUCAUGGAGCGGCGAGCGGAUCGCGAGCUGCCCGAUGUCGUCAAGGGCCGCUUCCGCUGGUCCCGCACGCUGCCCUGGUUCCUUCUGAUCGUCGCCGGCUGCAGUGUCGCCAUUUUCAACUACCAAAAGGCCUCCAGCCCCGUUGUCGCCUCGACGCUGUAUGCGCUGCGCACAUCCCCCAAGGCGAGGGCGUACCUUGGCGACGAGGUCUACUUCCAGCAGCGCAUCCCCUGGAUCGCCGGCGAGAUGAACCAGAUGCGCGGCCGCAUCGACAUCAACUUUAUGGUCAAGGGCACGCGCAACACCGCGCGCAUGCGCUUCACGAGCAACCGGCCGACGGCGCGCGGCGCUUUUGAGACGGUUGAGUGGAGCCUGGAGACGAGCGACGGCCGCAAGAUCGAUCUGCUCGAGGACGUGACCAACGACCCCUUCCGCGGCAUCCAGAUCCUGCCCGAGGAGUACGUCGAGUCGCUCGAACAGGACUUCGGCGUCGUCCCGCCGCCGGGGGGUGUGCACAGUGAGCAUGGCAGCGCGGUGAUUUCUGCAAAUGCACUGCAACCGGUGAAGGAGACGCACGGGUUCCGGCAACCGACGAAGCGGUGA